AUGUGCGCCCUCGCAGUCUUUCCAAGAAAGGAAGGAGACGAUGCUCUCGCAAGACCAACGAGAGAAGCCCAGAUUCGCCUUCAAAGUAUUGUCAUACUUGUCGUUGCUAUUCUUUCAAUCCUUGGAGCUGGAUGGAUCAUGCUCAGUUUCUGGGUGUUUCCCAACUUACGUUCCUUCCGCCACCGACUCAUUCUCGGUCUUGCUAUUAGCGACUUCAUCAUGGCUCUCAACUUUCUUUUCUCAACAACGAUGAAUAUUGCCGGUCGUUUCAUCGACCAUCCCGAGAACACGGCCUUCUGCAGCUUUAACGGCUUCAUCACACAGGUCUUCGUCAUUCAGACCGACUAUUGGGUGCUCACUAUCGCCGUUUGCACGUACUUUGUCCUCGCAGGUCACAAACGGCCGUCUAGCUGGGUUCAGGACCAUGGCGUUAUCAUUUGGGCAAUACCCUGGUUCUUUUCCACGCUCUGGGCGUCACUCGGCCUUGCUAUAGUUGGUUACGAAGAUAUAGGUGCUUGGUGUUGGUUCGGUUCGGAUUGGAUCCGUCUGGCUGUCAACUUCUUCCCUCGGUGGGUCAUCAUAGUGACUAUGUUUCUCUUGUAUGCCUACUUGUGGACCAUCCUUUACAAGGCGCACAACCGAUUGAGCUCGGUAGAGGCAGUCUCUCCUGAGAAUCUUGUUUCCGGAAAUGCAACCCCGAUCGUGAGCCAGCCGAGCAGCUUCCAAGGUAGCAGCUUCCGAGGCGAUCUCGAGGGCCGCUCAUCUGGCUCUGUCCGCAGACUCAAGAAGGUGAUGAAUGCAAGCCUCGUAUUGAUCAGAUGGACAUUGACUCACAUCGUGCAGAUCGCGCGUCUGAUGCUGCUCUACCCGCUCGCAUACGCAAUCAUCUGGUCCCUCCCAACUGCCAUUCGAAUCUACAACGCCACGGAAAAAAAGCCAGCACCAUUCGCAUUGCAAACCCUUGACAAAGCCAGUAUCGUCAUUCAAGGCUUCGUUGAUGCCGUCAUCUAUGGAGUCAACGAAACCUCGUUAUCGAGUUGGCGCUUGCGAUUGUCUCAGAUACAUCUCCUCGGCCAAACAAUAGAAGGCUCCAUGCGUUGA